CCGUUUUCCGUCAUUCCCACCCCACCAGCGCCGAGCUCGAGUCAAGCUGCACGCUCCUGACUGGAGCUGAGGUGAUACGGCUUGUCAAAUACUCUCGCUUGACGACUUGUUUCGCAAGGCUCUUGCACCCUCUUGUUGUGCUCCCACUUUGCCCCUUGCAGCAACACAGGCGAGCAUGUCGAGCGAUCCGACAGCUGCUGCAUCGGAGACAGGCAAUGGUGCUUCGAUCGAGCAACGGAAAGACGAAGUGCCCAAUGUCACAGCCACGUCCGCGCAGUCCACCUCCAGCGCAGCGACAAAAGGAGGUGCGGACGAGGAUGAGGAUGGUGAUGAAGAAGAAGUAGAAGAAGAAGGGGAGGUCGGGAACAAAACGGUCUCUGGAUCCAAGGCCAAGAAGAAAAAGAAGAGGAGCAAAACAGCGGCCAAAUUGCGUAAAAAACUUGGGCUUGGGAAUGACUCGAAUGUCAGGGGAGCGGACCCCGCUUCCUCCACAAUCGUGGCAGCUUCUUCAAGCAACGCUGCUGGUUCCAGCUCGACUCCAGAUCUGCCCGAAGAAGUCGUUUCGCAAAUCAAAGCUUCCGUUUCGGCUCAGCACGGCACCCAAGCAGCUUCCAAAGUGGAUCGCAAGACGUUGGCCGAGAUUAUGAGUCGUUUAAACUUGGAAAGAGAUAGUCUGCUGAAGAACCAGGAGAGCAAACAAAAGGGCAGCAAAGCGAUUGCGGACCACAAGUUUUGGAAGACUCAACCAGUUGCUAGACCUGACGAUGCUCCCCUCCUUUCGUCCUCUCAAGAAGGACCGAUACAGCCAGCUCAGCCUCCUCACGAAGUCAAACAGGAUGCGUAUCCCCUACCCAAGGAUUUUGAGUGGGUCACCGUCGACAUAGAUGACGAGGAAGAGUGCAAAGAGGUGUACGAGUUGUUGUCGGCCAACUAUGUCGAAGAUGAUGAUGCUAGUCUCAGAUUCGACUAUGCGCCAGAAUUCUUGAAGUGGGUCCUUAAACAUCCCGGAUACAAGAAGACUUGGCAUGUCGGAGUGCGCGUCAGCUCCACGAAGAAGCUCGUAGCAUUUAUAUCUGGCAUUCCACACGAAUUGCGCGUAAGGGAAAACGCCUUUCAAACUACCGAGAUCAACUUCCUUUGUGUGCACAAGAAGCUGCGAAGCAAGAGGCUGGCACCCGUGCUCAUCAAGGAGGUCACACGUCAGUGUCACCUGACGGGCAUCUUCCAAGCCAUUUACACCGUUGGUGUCGUACUGCCCACACCCGUCUCUUGUUCAAGGUAUUAUCACCGUACGCUAAACGCUCCCAAGCUGCUCGACAUUGGAUUCGCAGCAGUGCCCUCUGGACUGUCGCGAGAGAAAUACGUUCAAAGAUUCGCACUGCCGGAUGAGCCCAAGCUGAAGGGCGAGGGGUUGAGGGAGAUGGAAGAGCGGGAUGUGGAGCAGGUGGGCAAAUUGUUGAGGAAGUACAUGAGGAGGUUCGAUAUGGCGCCUAGAUUUGGAGACGAGGAGGUCAAACAUGUGCUCCUGAGCGGUAGAGGAACCGAAAAGGAUGGAAAGAGGUUGGGCCAGGUCACUUGGACUUACGUCAUCGAGGACCCGAACACCAAACGCAUCACGGACAUGUUCUCCUUCUAUAGCCUGCCCUCUUCGGUUCUUGACUCUGCAAAGCACGGCACGCUGGAAGCAGCGUACCUCUUUUACUACGCCACCGACGUUCCCUUCCGUCAUGCCUCAUCAUCGUCCCCCUCAAGCUCCCCCAACACCCUAGCCGUAGCCGCAGAACCCUCUGCAUCUGGUUCGUCGGCGCAAGCAGCAUUGGAGCCCUGGCAAAGGACAAAUGUGACGCGUCUGACGCCACAAGAGAUGGAAGAUGAGGCCAACAUUACGAGAUGGGACGAAGAAAGCGCAGAAGUAAAGAGCGCUUUGAAAGCAAGGCUCAAUCAGCUCGUCGGUGAUUUGCUCAUCAUUGCAAAGCAGAACAAAUUCGACGUAGUCAAUUGUCUGACGGUCAUGGACAAUCCCUUGAUUCUGAGCGAUCAGCUCUUUGGUCCUGGUGAUGGACUGCUCAGAUGGUAUCUCUUCAAUUGGCGCGUUCAACCCAUCGCAGGCGGUAUGGGAUUGCGCCCGGGAGAAGCGGAUCAAGAUCCAGUAGUAGCUCACAUGAAAGCAGCUUUCAAAGCUGGCGCUAACCCCGCUUCCUCUGCUUCGGGACCCUCUUCGAAUACGCCAGUUGGCAACUCCUCCGAGGCAGAACUCAUCAGAUAUUUGCAAACUAGACCUGGUCCGGAAAAGGGAAGCGGGGUGGGAGUCGUCAUGGUCUAGGCCGAGAGGACCCGGACGACGAGUCUUGCGGUGGUGUGAGGAGCGCAGGUCAUGUGCCUCUUGCAGAAAGAUGCCCGCAUUCCCACCGCACAAGGACAAUACGAUCUACGGAAGCGCUGGCGCUGGCGCAAGAAUGAGUCUGCUGAAAUUUCUUGCAGUGUCACGUGCGAAGGUGUGGACCUCGAUGUUGUGCCGCUCGCAUACAUGUAGCACUUCACAGAGAAGCCUUGUUGACUCGUAGCUCGCGCUCGAACAUGCAUGCGCAGCAACGAGCUCUCGAACAAACACGUCAUCCGCUUUGGCAAUGGUGUCAUCCUGCCCCGUGUCAUCCGAGCUUCUGCUCUAAAAGCCUCUCGAUGGUGAAUGGGGCAAAAGAGAAGGCUAUACGUUAGCUAUAGCACUUUAUCCGUGCCCACGGAAAUGAGCAUCUUGCUUGGGGCAAUCCGGGCCGCCGUGCUCUUCGUGCGUCCGAAUCGAGAUCCCGAU